AUGCACACUCUGGCUAUUCUUUCAAUAAUUUCCGCUGUUAGCGGCUAUCAUCUUAAGCCUCAUACUCACAUACGCCGAGGAAACUCGUCGUCAACAUGUUUCCCGUUCAACUCAGCGACGUUUAACAAUUCUACGACCGUUCCCGACAUGUCGCGAUCAGAUUGGUGGUGCUCUGCUGAACAAACAUACGGUUUCCUUGGCUUUUCUUAUCCGAUCGAAAAUGACUGUGAUGGUGAGCCUUAUUCGCUCAUCGAGUCUGAUUUUGCCUCUAUGAAGGAGGAUUUUGGUGCUUCAUUGGCCCGCGCUUACUUACCCGGCUGUUACACGGAUGACAUUUGGGAGAGACUUAUCAAAGCCGGCAUUGAACAUGAUAUGGGUGUUGUGUUUCAGGUUGCGUGGCCGUUGAAUGGAGACCCUGACUCGUGGUGGAAAAAGAUUCAAACGUCGAUUUUGGAUACCCUUGCCAAUAGCAGCUAUGCCGAUAUUGCGCCCUACGUUGUGCACAGUAUAGAGUUUGGAACGGAGCCAAUUGGCGACACAGACGGAGGCAGUUACGAAGCUUUUGAGGGAUAUCUAUCCGAUUUCAAAGAGGCCGCCAAGCAAUACGGAAUCCCUAUUGGUAUUUCCGAAGACUGGGACCGUCCAGGAACGAUGAGUUCCGACGACGGCAGUUCGCUGGGCCCUGUUGGUGAAAAGAUUGCGAACUUGAGCGAUGUCGUGCAUGCACAUGUCAUGCCCUAUUAUCAUGACGAUCUGACGGAGGCAGACUCAUGGAACUACAUUAAAAACCAGGUUACCUGGUUGAAGGCGAAUAUAGAUCUGCCAGUUUUGAUCUCAGAGACGCAAUGGGCAUGGGCUUACAACGACGGACAUGCUGGUGGCCACGUUACAGGUCCAGAUUCAUGCGACUGUGGCGAGGAUCAAUACACAAAUUAUUGGCAGAAUUUUGACGACAAUUGCGAAUUCUUCAAAGAAAACCAGGUUGGCUGGUUCCUUCAUGCCUGGCAACAAGAAGGAACUUUCGAUAUGAAGAAAGACGACGGGUCUUAUGCAAUUCCAAAUUGGAAACCCAGAAGGUGUUAA